AUGGCCGAGACCUUGUUACAAGGAGAUUGGACCGCAAUUGCUAAUCUCGCCAGAAUUGAUUUUGCAUGUGUUUCUCUGAUAAACGGGUCCGAUGUCUCGCCCAGAAUUCCUAGAAACCAAAGAGCUCUCCAAUGCACUCGAAGAUUGGCUGAUUCGGACAAAGAAAUACCAGCUUGGAGCAUGAGUGGCAACAUGGAAACGAGACUGGUUGGGGUAUACACGAGACCACAUUCAAGCAUUGUCAGUGCCGCUCGUGCGUGCUUCCAAUCCUCCGAAGAAAGGAGUUGCUAUACCAAGGGCAAAGCAACGGUCAUUGCAGCACCACCCAAAUGCUGCAGGAUACUCUCGAAUAACGACUCCACAAAUACAGCCUCAUCCUCGUCUUCUAUAGCAUCUUCCACCAGAGUCGCCGGUUCAGAUGCCCAUUCAUCAAAAUUCUCGUUGACUCCACUGGCAAUGGGCGCGGACUGCAAGGUGGUCAAGGAUGCGUUGAGCGUUUGUGAUGCAGGAGAGGCAGGAUCCACUUUCAAUUCGUCCAACUUGGGAAGUUCUCUGGAAAGGGAUGACGUCUUGAUGGUCGUUGCAAUUGCGCCAUUGACGAGUAAAUGGGUCCAGGCAUCGAGCAGGCAAUCGGAAGAGGGUGCGGAAGAUUCCGAAAUCAAAGAUUACGAUGACGGUGUGGCGGUUCUGGCAAACGCCAUUGGAGCACGAUCUGCCAAGUCGGCCAGCAAGCGUAUGGAGAUCAAAUCUCCUUGUUUCAGAGCAGGUUCAAUGAAAGCCAAUACUUUCUGA